AUGACAGAGCCACGCGCGCGUUUGCGCCAGAAGGGCCAGGUCUUCAAUACGAACGACUUGUGCGAGCUACUAUAUGCUUUCGGCGACAGCCCGACACCCCUUCCAAACACCGCAGCUUGCCUAGACGAGAUUCUGACCGACUUCAUAAUCGAAACAUGCCAUGCCGCAGCUCUAUGCGCCAGUUACUCCCGACGCCAAAAAAUAAAAGUGGAUGACUUCCGAUGGGUUCUCCGCCGUAAUCCUAUCAUGCUGGGCAGAGUACAGGAGCAGCUUGCGAGAGGACGGCAUAUUCAAGAGCAAAGGAAGGGCGUUGACGUGGACCAA